GCGGUGCUAAACUACUGAGACACAUAGCGAGCAGAUGCGCUCAGUAUUUCGAAAUUAAAACUGAUUUGCUUUUUGAGUGAUUUAUUUGUGGUUUAUCUCCUAGCACCGUGGGCGAGGGAUGCGCUUCUGUGUGGAUACAGCGGCUCUUUUGGUCUAACGUCAGACUGAUUUACGAACGUGGAACACACAAGAGGCUGGAAUUAUCACAUAAACCAAUCACAGCCAACCAUAACCAGUCAGUUUACAGCAUGGUGUUCAGGAUGGUAAAACUCAGACUACUCAAUGCGAUUGCACCUGCAUACUUCUACACUGCAACCGUGGUCACAUUCACCCUUCACUUCCUCCUCUUCAUGCCCACUGUUUUCCGAAGUCCAGAUGUGGCUCUAAAUCCCACCAUGCUGGUCCACAUUGCCGUUUUUCUCUUCCUCAUGGGGAACGCUCUGGGUAAUUACAUGAUGACUAUAUGGUACCCAUCUGAGAGUGCCAACGAGACAGCAAUUCCAGUCUGUUCCCCCGACUGCCCGGACCGAAUUGACGCCCACUACCUCCUGAAUGGACGCCACUUCUGCAAAGUGUGUAAGAAAGUGAUUCUAAAACGGGACCACCACUGCUUUUUCACAGGAAACUGUAUUGGGAAUAGGAACAUGCGCUACUUUAUCAUGUUCAGCAUCUAUACGUCCUGCUGUUGUCUGUAUUCUUUGGUAAUUGGGGUGGCGUAUCUUACCAUGGAAUACUCCGUUUCCUUUGAGAACCCACUGACGUUCCUCACGCUCCUACCACUCUCGACAGGUUACUUCUUCCUUGGUUUGAUUUCCGGUCUCCAGUUCUUUCUGGUUAUAAUGCUGUACGUCUGGCUGGGUAUCGGACUUGUGAGCGCCGGUUUCUGCUGUCAACAGCUUCUAUUAGUAGCCCGAGGGCAAACAUGGUGUGAGCUACAAAAAGGGCAGUUGUCAGAGGGUCGCGGGACCUGGCGUGUCAACCUGAUUGAUGUUUUCGGUUCCCGGUGGGCUCUGGGCCUUUUCCUGCCAGUUCAGACUGUUGAGACCAUACCUGGGAACUGGCAGGUCUACCAUGAUCACAAACAUGACUGAGAAGCCAAGAACUUGCCCUGUCAGUGUGUUUAUCAUAAGCUGGCCUGUGUGGAACAGUUAUUAAAUAUGUUAAGGGCUUCUUCAGUUCACUCAAGUUGUAAUAACCCACACAGCUGAUCUACAUUUUUAGUGUAUUUCUGUCAUCGCUACACAAAUUAGGAGAGCGUUACUGUAUGUCACAAAGGUGUGGUAAAACCCAUAUCUAUGUCUGUCAUCUCCUAGUUUGGGGCAGCAGACAUCAGAGAAGGAGGCCAGGAUUAAAGGAUGGAUGGGUAUUUACAAAACAACGCACACUAGUUAAUCAGCACACUAAUACACAAGUGGCCUGCUAAAAUGAGGGUAACAUUUAGGUUAGUUAGAAAUUCAAUUGCCACAUGCCACAGGAAGUUUAAAUCUAAUUUAAAUUGAAAUUUACUGAACUGCAAUUUAAAAAAAAUAAGUAAAAAUCAACAUGCAUAAAUUAUACAUGA